UGAGAAACAAAACCUCAUUGGCCCUUUAUUUUCAAGUUUCCCGGCAACACCUCUUUCACAUAUAUAUAAUUAUAUAUACACGCAUAUUUACGUACAUAUAUAUACACACACACAUAAUACGCACACAUCUUAUUGUAAUCUCUAUCCUCUAUUCCUAUGCUUACUCUCUCGUCUAAACUGUUUUGCUCUUCAGUCUCUCUGGGUGCUUUACGGUUGUUUGCAAAAGUGCAACCUAAAAUAGUUUACAAACAAGUCAAGAAUGGCUGAAUUGUAAUCACUCCUUGUGAUCCGCUUUCCUCCACAGUUAUUGCAAGUCAAAUUUGUAUACGAACGGAUACGAAGAAUGAUGAAUUGCUACUGCAGACUGUUCUAUGAUCAACCUGUAAUUAGCUCUAUUUCAGAAAUGGUCAGAGUCCACAUACAUCAUCCAAAUCACUAGUGCGCAUGUGUGAAGACAACAAAAUAAAAAAGAUAGCAAAAAGUUAUCAUGGCCCCAACAAGAAAAUCUAGAAGUGUGAAUAAGCAGUUUUCAAAUUAUACUGAGGCUUCUCCAGAUAAAGAAAUUGGAAAUUUAAAGAAAGCUCGGCAACAGAAGCGGAAGUUGUCUGACAAGUUAGGAUCUCAAUGGAGCAAGGAAGAGCUUGGGUGUUUCUAUGAAGCCUACAGGAAGUAUGGGAAAGACUGGAAGAAGGUUGCUGGUGUCAUACGUAAUAGAUCUGUUGGAAUGGUGGAAUCGCUUUACAAUAUGAAUAGGGCGUAUCUAUCCCUGCCAGAGGGGACAGCUUCUGUGGCUGGCCUGAUAGCAAUGAUGACUGAUCACUAUAAUAUCCUGGAAGGCAAUGAUAGUGAUCGAGAGAGCAAUGAUACUUCAAGAUUAUCUCGGAAGCCUCAGAAACGUGGUCGGAGAAAGGUUCAGGUUAUUUCCUCUAAAGAAGAUGUUUUGCAAUCUCAAUCGGUUGCCUCAACCGAUGGAUGUUUAUCAUUACUGAAGAGGAGGCGCUCUGACGGCUGUGCUGUUGGGAAAAGGACACCUCGCUAUCCUGUUUCUUAUUCAUUUAGAAAAUAUGAUGGGGAAAGCUAUGAUUCACCUAGUAAAAAAGGAUGGAAGUCAGAGGUGGACAAAGUUGCACAUGUGGCAGCAUUAGCACUAACAGAGGCCUCACAGAGAGGUGGUCCCCUCCAAGUUUCUCACUCUCCAUUUAAAACAGAGCGCAUGAAACCCUUGCUUCUUCAGAGUCAGGAAAGGAUGCAUUUGAAAUCACAGAUGGCUAAAGCCAAGCUGCAUGAUACUGGAAUGGAUGAAGACUGUUUGGAGAGCAGUUUAAACAGCAGGGGAGCUGAAAAUGGAGAUUAUCCUGGAGAUACAAGUGCUUUGAUGGAUGUUGAAGUUGUUGAUACAACAGAAGUCUAUCAGAAGGGGAAAAAAGUUUAUAGGAAGAGAGAAAAUGUUAAAGACAUCAGAACCAUCCAAUUUGAUGAUGGUCGGGAGGAAUGUAGUGGCACUGAAGGUCUUAAUGUGAGGGAUGCGAAGAGAAACAUCAAGGUUACAAAUGUGAAAAUUGAGCGGUCCUUUUCUCAGUCUAAAAGGAGGAGGGACAAGAAACUUUUUUUUGGAGAUGAAAGCGCUGCCUUGGAUGCCUUGCAAACAUUGGCGGAUCUAUCUCUGAUGAUGCCAGCAUCGACAAUAGAAUCUGAAUCCUCUGAGCAGUUGAACGAGGAAAAUCCAACUCUUGAUGUAGCUGAUAGGUCUAGUGUGCCCGAAGCUAUGCCUGGGAGCCAUGGAAAAGACGAAACCAAACUGUUGGGUGUUAGAGAAAAAGCCUUCUAUGCAUUUUCUGGAGCUGAGGCUUCUAUGUCUGGAAAAUCUAAACUUGGAAGGGACUCUGCAGUCAUUGCUAAUUCUCUUUCUGAAGGAGAACAGCAACCUCAGUCCAGCAGUAAAGUGUGGAAACGAAAACACAAAUUCUCCUCUUUGAAGGCCUUUUCUAAAGAGGAUGAAAAUUCUGUCUUCAAAGCUAAACGUACUGGUCAAAAUUUUGCUCCUUCAAAACAAUUGAAAUCAUUCAAAACUGCAGAAUGUUCUUCAAAUAGUGAUCAGCAAUCAGGGAUCGAUUUGGCAGUAUCAACUGCGGAGGCUCCUGCUAGAAGCCAGGUCAACUCUCUAACCAAACAAAGAAGUAGGCGUAAGAUGGAUCCAAAGAGAAUGUCAAUCCAAGACGGCAUGAUGUCCCGUGAAAUUAUUUCAAAAGAUUUGCCUAAUAAAUACUCUACUUCACUCAAGGAGGGAGUAUUCUAUCGGAAGGAUAUGCUUUCUUGUUGUCUCUCAUCGUACAUGGUUCGGAGGUGGUGCACGUUUGAGUGGUUCUAUAAUGCAAUCGAUUACCCUUGGUUUGCUAAAAGGGAGUUUGUGGAAUACUUGGAUCAUGUUGGACUUGGACAUAUUCCUAGACUAACUCGUGUCGAGUGGGGUGUCAUUAGAAGCUCCCUUGGCAAACCUCGGAGAUUUUCUGAACAGUUUUUGCGUGAGGAAAAGGAGAAGCUUUUGCAGUACCGGACAUCUGUUAGAAAACAUUAUACUGAACUUCGAACUGGUAUUGGGGACGGACUACCAACAGAUUUAGCACGACCAUUAUCUGUUGGACAACGAGUAAUUGCACUUCAUCCCAAAUCAAGAGAAGUUCACAAUGGAAGUGUGCUCACCGUUGAUCGUAACAAGUGCAGGGUUCAGUUUGACCUUCCAGAGUUAGGGGUUGAAUUUGUGAUGGAUAUUGAUUGCAUGCCUUUGAAUCCAUUGGAAAAUAUGCCAGAAGCUCUAAGGAAACAGCACAUUGCAUUUGACAAAUUUGUCAUCGAAUCAAGAGGAUCAAAAGCUGGACAAUCAAAUAUUGGUGGCCCUAUGGUUUUUGCUCCUAUUGGGCAUCUGGAUAAUGCAUGCAGUCCUAUGCAUACUGUGAAAAAGGAGAAGGUCGACACAAACCAUGCCACGUCACGAGCUAUAGCAGCAGCGGUUGACAUUGUUAGUGCACAGCAAGCAGCAUACAGUCAGCCUUCUAUGGUGGCACAUAUCCAUGCAAGGGAAGUUGAUGUUUCUUCUGCUACGCUUAAACUAAGGAAACAUAACACUUAUUCCGCUUCCCGAACUCCUUGGCUGAAGCCUCCAGCCGUUUCAAGUGGCCCUGACCACUGUUCAAGUAAUUAUCAGGAGUCAGGAUCUAAUGUGGUUGAAAUUGUAAAAGAUUCAAGAUGUAAAGCUCAUACAAUGGUAGAUACUGCUCUUAAGGCAAUGUCGUCAAUGAAAGAAGGGGAAGAUGCUUUCACAAGGAUUGGAGAGGUUUUGGAUUCUUUAAAUAAACGAAACCUCUCACUGAAUCGUUGGUCAUCGGUGGUGAAAUCCCCUGAACAAUUUAAUAGUGGCGUGGUUAAUCAACCUCAAUUGACUUCUUCCAAGUCGGAGCUACCAUUGAUGGGUCAUUUAUCUGGUCCCAAGGGGCCUAGUGAUUCAGACAGGGUUGAAGCUCAAAUUCCAUCAGAGCUUAUCACUUCAUGUGUCGCUACUUUGCUGAUGGUACAGAUGUGCACUGAACGACAGUAUCCGCCAGCUGAUGUGGCGCAGAUGCUGGACUUUGCUGUUACAAGCUUGCAUCCAUGCUGCCCUCAGAACCUUCCGAUUUACAGAGAACUACAGAUGUGCAUGGGAAGAAUUAAAACGCAGAUAUUAGCACUAAUGCCAACUUAAAUGCUCUCUCUGCUUGUUCAAAUCGGAAAAUCCCUGUAUCUAUUUUCAGUUUCCAGAUAGUUUUCUGUACCUUUUUCUUUUUAUUUCUACCAUAUCCUGUGGUGAUGGACUCUUCCAAGAGUUACGGUAUCAAAAAUGAAUCUUCUUUCAUCAA